AUGGCUGCGCUCACCGACGAGGAACCAAGCCGGCCAAUGUUGUCAGGAGUCGGUCUUUGUCGGGGACGCGAAAUGGAUUCGCAUGAAGGCGUCGGAUUCUGUGAGUUCUCUGACGAGGCUGGAGCCAACAACGCCGUGAACACCCUCAACGGAUCGGAUUUCGAUGGCCGACAGCUUCGAGUGAACCUGGCCAACAGAAACUGA